AGGAAGAGUAGUUUUCAAUGACGUUUGAAGACGAGGACAUCCUACACAUAUAUGUUAAACUUCCUGUUUCUUUCCGUGUCAAGCAGAAAUACCAUUUAAACUAAAGAUGUCGGAUUGUGAAGAGAAAGCUGCUUACUAUCUACGUUUCAUCUCAAUGUAUAUUGACUUAGGUACCGAGAUCGUACUGAAAGUCUUUGUACACCAUACUCCUGGGAAGGACGCCAAGUCAUUUUUGUUAUCUGACCCCGUUAAGAAAAAGUUGAAGCAGUUGAAAAAUAAACAAAUUCUAAAUAAGGAAGAAAGCGAUCUAGUCCUUUCUUCUGCACCACACCCAAAAGUAUUUGAUAUAUCCCUUCUAAUAACACUUUCGAUCAAUCUGUUCUCGGAGCAUCAACUCACACCACCAAAGAAAGGUUGGUCUUUUCCACCAAAGAAUAGCGAUAAAUCUAUCUCUGCUGAUCUUCUUCGUCUUAGAACGAUCCGAAACAUGAUUGUUGGCCAUGUUGCUAAAGCACAACUUCCUAAGUGGAGAUUUGACGACGAAUGGGAAAAUGUAGAAGAAAUAUUUCUUAGAAUAUAUAGAAAUAUUUCACCUGAUGAGGAAUCACAUCUGAAACAGAAAAUGGAAGAUUAUCGAUUGAGGAAGCUGGAUCCGUCUAUUAAAAACAAGUACGACUCGAAGUUAAAUGAAUGGCACCAGGAAAUUUCGAAAGUUCAACAACAGGUUGAAGAUGCGUUCAAGACUCUUCAAGAUAUUGACAAAUACUUUAAAGAAAAAUCGGACAGAUACGAACGUUACAUAAAACUACUUGUCAAAGGUGGAAGGUUUGUGAUUUCGGCUUUCAUUAAAGAUAACAUUAAAACACACAACAAAACCCUCGAAGACAUUUUAAAGGAAAAGGAGGAUUAUGUCCGGAAAAUUAUUGAUAAUCAAGAUCAUUUGCAUAUUCUUUAUCCAUCCGACCAAGGAGAAACGUCAAAACCAAUUGACAUGUCAACAUGGGAUAUCACACUUCUUGCAACAGUGCUUUUACAAGUACUUGACAGUAGUUCGUUAGACGAUAAAGUAAAGAGAGCAAUUAACAUGAUCAAUACAGCACGAGAAAAUUAUGCUGAAGCAGCAGUUGUUUCAUUACACAGUGACGAAUUCGCAGAGUACUCUAGUGAUCUGAAAUACAGCAUACGAUUUUUGUCAGGGUAUCUCGACCAACAGAAGCAAAUCAAAUGUGAAGAAAUUCUGUCCGAAUGCAAACAGAUUUCGAAGAGUGCUGACGCACAUCAAACAUACUUUGAUGAGCUGAAAAACCAAAGUCUGCAGAUUAAAAGUAUUCAGGAAAUAUAUAAAGAAACAGUAAAGAAAACAAAAGAUGUCUUACAAGAGAUGAUUACACUCGGCAUAAACUUCAAAUAUGAUCACGUGUUAGAAGUAAAGAUGAUUACGCUCGGGAGUGACGAAGAAAAGAAGCAAUUAGGAGAAACAGUUUUGACUGAAAUUUGGCGAGAAGCACUUGAAAGAAGUAACGACAGUACAGACUUUGAUGUUGUAAAAAAAGAAGUAUCAAAGAUUUUAACCGAAAUAAGAAAACAUAAGGAGGUUAAAGGUGUCGCUGUAAAGCAAAAGUGCAUUCUCUUGGAGGUAGUAUACUCUUCACCUCACACUGUGUUGGAUCUUCUGAACUAUUUCGAGAGUGCUGCAUUUGACCAAAGUGUGUGCAUCAUUUCAAAUGAACUUGGUUACCUUUGCAACACAAUAUUUACAAUCGAAGCAAAUGUAACUUUAGAGUCAUUUAAAGAAAUCUACGAUGACAGAGAAAACAACGAAAUAGAACAUGGUAUAAGCAUACCAAUCAAAGUAACAUCACCUGCAGCCGUCGUGCAAUUAAGGUCGUUUUUCAAGAGUGAGGCAAUGGUGAAUAGUACAAACACAAUUGCUGACAAACUGUCGAGCGACCUGGAUGAGAGAGUAACAUUGAAAGUUACACACGACAUGGAGUCUCUUAACUGUCUGUUUGAUGAAUUAGAGACAGGAUUAUCGAGUUCAGACAGUUUGAGUGACGACACAGAACAAAGAUAGUACCUGAGUCUGACAGUAGUCGUAAGACUGAUGACAUCAACAGAAUCUUCACAAAACAAGUGAUAGUACCUGAGUCUGAC